AGUUAUUUUAUAUCUCUUUUUCUCUUUGUUUCUCUCACUUUCUGUAGAUCCAAACACCUUGUUUGUAACUCCAUCUCUCUUUAUCUGCGUGCUUCUUUGCGUCUAUGGAGAAAGCUUGAUGUACUGUGAAUCUUUCGACCAUUGAGAAAAGAUCUCUCUUUUUGUGGUUGAAUCCUUGUCAAUGACUCGAACCGAUUUGAGGGAAGGCCAUGUAAGCUGUUUGAACCGGGUUGAUUGUUGCUUUGUUGUUUUGAUUGGCUCUGUGGCUCCAUUGGCGUGCGAGGAAUGGGUAAAUGCAAGGGUUGUGGGAAAUUAGGAAGAAUGGUCCCAAGGGUGAAGAAGAAGCAGGUGAAGGGCGAGUUGGAUCGUCUUAAACAAGCUGAGAAGAAAAAGAGGCGCUUGGAGAAAGCACUUGCUACUUCUGCAGCCAUCAUAUCUGAACUAGAGAAGAAGAAGCAGAAGAAAAAGGAAGAGCAGCAAAGGCUUGAUGAAGAGGGUGCUGCAAUUGCCGAGGCUGUUGCUCUGCAAGUGUUACUUGGUGAGGACUCUGAUGAUCCAUGUAAACUUGUUCUAAACAAAGAAGAGGGGUUCAAUCCCUGGGAUUGUGGUAGCAAUAUUAAUCUUUUUAUGGGUGAAGAGAGGGCAUGCCUUCCGCAUCAGGAUGGGUCAAGGCAUUCACAUGAAAGAAUUGGAUGGAUCUCCAAUGCCUGUGGUGCUGGAUGUGAGUGGAGUGAUGCUGACAACAGCAGUUGGUCAUUCUCAUAUGGAUCUUUUGGAAGAGAUGCGCACACACCAUACUUUGAAGACGGAAGUUGGGGGACUGCUGGUCUUAUUGCAGCUCAGGCUGUUUCAUCGCUCCAAAUUGCUGAAGAUGCACACAUUGACACCAUCAUCUUCAAUGGGAUGCUAGGAUGAUAGAUAGAAAGCAUGCUGCCUCAUGGUCUUAGCUCAAAAUAAUGGUUCUGUAUAUAUUUUCUUGAAUGUCAUUGUCAUUUUAUCUAAUCGCUAUGUUGUGCUUCUGGCUCGAACCAAUGUUGCACCAUAGUGCUCUCCGUCUUUUUUCUGUGUCAUUUACUUCUAAGCUUGGUUUCUUAAUGGAGUGCCCUUGUUGACUUGAUACAUUA